UCACAUGUAUAGACGGUGAUACAACAUCAGAUGGCUUUUGGCCAAACUAGAAUUCAUGCAGCCUAACCCAACCAAUCAGGAACAACUUCUUGUAUAUAGUAUAUGAGAAAAAGCGUGUAUUUAUCUACGUAGGAAAGCCAAAAUAGGGUAAUACAUAGAUAAUUCUAGUAGAAAAAGCACUAAUCUCUCAAGAUUAGCUUUAAGACACAGUAGCAUUACCACUAGAAGCGUGAGUGAUUGUUGGUGUGAGUGUGGCUGUGGGUCAUGUCCAAAAAGAAAGGAUCUUAACUUCACCUUCAAGAACAACAUCAUACCACUACGUCCUCCUUUAAUCUAGUCCACUUGUUUCUUUUAUUUAUCUCAUUUUCUGAUAGCCAUCCUUCAUAAGUUAAAUACGUCGGGCAAGCACAAUACUGCACGUUUGGCCAGGCAAUCAUCUAAGACCACAUCUGGUUCCAUUUUGCAAGUAAUAUCUACUAGAAAAUCAUCUUCUUACACCUGUAUACAGAGGUUCAAAUAAUCUGUGAUAACACAAUCUGAUCUAAAAUGGAAAACAUAGCUGUUUGAAUCAUAACAAGUGUGCACACAGGAGGUCUUAAUUCCUAAUCUACUCUGCUUCUCAUUUUUAUCCUCAAUUCCUGUGUGAUUCACUAUAACCAAGUAAUCAUAGAUAAGUAUACACCUCCACUACUUCCUCACUCUUUCUCCUUCAAUCUACUGUCUCAUUAAUAGAAACUGUCAACAUUGACAAUGUAGGAGGAUAUGAAUAGUCAUUAUCACCCCGUCUAGACAUUUCUCUGAGGUUUGGACCACAUAUUUUGCAGUCUAUAUAUAUGACUCACAACUCUACUACCUUUUAUUCAAGGAACUCUUUAUCAAGUUUUAAAAUAUUCUGUAUAAUAAUAAAAGUUGCUAUGGAAGAAAGACAACAGUUAAACAAAUGCGAAGGCUAUUUAGAUUGGAGGAAUAGGCCUGCCAUGAGAGGCGAUCAUGGUGGCAUGCUUGCAGCCUCCUUUGUCUUGGUGGUGGAGAUACUGGAGAAUCUAGCUUUCCUGGCCAAUGCAAGCAACCUUGUGCUAUACCUUUCAAAGUUCAUGCACUACUCUCCAUCAAGCUCUGCAAAAAUCGUAACCAAUUUCAUGGGAACGGCCUUCCUCCUUGCUCUCCUUGGUGGCUUUUUGGCGAAUGCUUUCUUCACCACCUAUCGCCUCUAUUUGACAAGUGCUGCAAUAGAAUUUGUGGGCCUGUUAAUACUCACAGUGCAAGCUCACAUACCUUCAUUCAAGCCACCAACUUGUGCUUUAGCUAGCACCGAAAUUCCAUGCCAGAAAGUUAAUGCCCACAAAGCAGCCAUGUUAUUUACUGGCCUUUAUCUGGUGGCCUUAGGUGUUGGUGGAAUAAAAGGCUCACUUCCCCCUCAUGGGGCUGAGCAAUUCGAUGAGACCACCCCACAAGGGAGGAAGCAGAGAACAUCGUUCUUCAAUUACUAUGUGUUCUGCCUCUCUUGUGGAGCUUUAGUUGCAGUAACUUUUGUGGUGUGGAUUGAAGACAACAAAGGCUGGCAAUGGGGUUUCGGGAUUGCUACUGCAACGAUACUUACCUCCAUCCCAGUUUUUCUCCUUGGCUCUCCUAUUUACAGGAUAAAGAUUCCAGCAGGCAGCCCUAUUACCACAAUGUUUAAGGUUCUAGCUGCAGCAAUUUACAACUGCAAGUCUAAGAAUCCAAGCAAUGCAGUCAUGGGCAUGGAGACAUGCCCAUCAUCCUACAGUGUGGAAUCCAGUGAAGGAGAAGAACGUAAUACCAAGGUAAAGGUCCCUAUUCAAACUCUUACAGAAGACCUCAAGUUCCUAAACAAAGCAAUCGCAGGAAAACCAGUCAACCAAAUGUUACAAUGUACGGUAAAGCAAGUAGAAGAGGUCAAGGUAGUGCUACGCAUAAUCCCAAUUUUCAUGUGCACCAUAAUGCUAAACUGCUGCCUUGCUCAGCUUUCCUCCUUUUCUGUCCAACAAGCAGCCACCAUGAACAGUAAGAUUGGCUCUUUAAAGGUUCCACCGGCUUCUCUACCUGUUUUCCCUGUCAUCUUCAUGAUGAUCCUUGCAUCAACCUAUAACCAUGUCAUCAUUCCAUUUUUUAGAAAAGUAACCAAGACUGAAAUGGGAAUUACUCAUCUCCAGAGAAUAGGAGCGGGGCUGGUUCUAUCUAUUAUUGCAAUGGCUGUGGCUGCUCUAGUGGAAAUAAAGAGAAAAAAGGUAGCAGUCGAGUUGGGGCUACUUAAUUCUGCUGAUUCUCUACCAAUCACAUUCCUUUGGAUAGCUCUCCAAUACUUGUUUCUUGGAUCAGCUGAUCUUUUCACCUUAGCUGGCAUGAUGGAAUUCUUCUUCACAGAGGCCCCAACAAGCAUGAGAUCUUUGGCCACUUCCCUCUCUUGGGCUUCACUUGCCAUGGGAUACUAUUUCAGCUCAGUGCUUAUAUCAAUUGUCAACAAUAUUACCAGCACCUUUCGACACACACCAUGGCUUUCUGGUAGCAACUUGAAUCACUACCACCUAGAGAGCUUUUGCUGGUUGAUGUGCAUACUUAGCAGUCUAAAUUUCUUCCAUUAUCUCUUCUGGGCAAACCGCUACAAGUAUAGAACAACAAGCUUGGCUGAUUAAUCAAAGAUUUAAACUUUAAAAGGUUCAAAUGCCUACUAGUUGAAGUCAACCAAAUUCAUCAGCUUGAGAUCAUUUGAAUUGAGUCUUCAAAGCUCCAUCUAGGCCAAGCAUGUCAUGUUGUCACCAUAUUAGGGCUUUUCUCCCAUCCCAUCCCUGAUAGUCUUUUCUACUUGUAACUAUUAGUACUAGAAUCACGCAUGUAAUACUACUAAUCUUCAUGCGGUUGAAUCAGAGCAUGACUGCAUGAGCAUAGCUAGUGAAAUUUGGAACCAUUUCCAGUUCAAAAUCUCCUGCAUGAAAAGUUAUAAAUGCUUAAGAGUUAUUAACUUCAUCUGUUCACAUUGGCAAUGACACAAUCUAAAAGCAAUGGUGGCAAAAUUUUGAACAACCUAAAUAUCUGGAGAUUAA